UUCGACAAAUAUUUACAGUGUCGUUUGUUUUUUUUCUGUCGAUAGACAAGUGUUAGAUUUGUCGGGGAAUGUCGUGUUUUAACCUCCUGACAUCCGUCACAAAAAAAGCGACCAUCCUAUAAAACACAAACAUGUCAAGCGACGUGAACACCCAGGCGGAGAAGCCCAAUGAGGACGAAAGUAUCGAUAAACCAGAAGAGGAAGAAGGCACUUCAUCUAUUGAUCUGGAUGCGGAAGAGAAUGGGAUUGUUUACGGGGGCUGCGAGGGACCGAACGCGAUGUACGUGAAGCUCGUCAGCAGCGAUGGGCACGAGUUCAUUGUUAAACGCGAACAUGCUCUGACCAGUGGGACGAUAAAAGCUAUGUUGAGCGGGCCUGGCCAGUUUGCGGAGAACGAGGCUAACGAAGUUAAUUUCCGUGAAAUACCAUCUCACGUACUGCAAAAGGUUUGCAUGUAUUUUACAUACAAAGUGCGGUACACGAACAGCAGCACGGAGAUACCGGAAUUCCCAAUUGCACCCGAGAUCGCAUUAGAAUUAUUGAUGGCUGGCAACUUUUUAGACUGUUAAAAAUAAUAUGUCGAUAGCAACUGAUUCUCGGGCAUGCCGUUUGUGACAGUCUAGUCUCGAAGGACUAAGCGAUUCAGUUGUAUUUUAAAAAAAUGUUCAUCUUUGCAUUUUAUAUUUUGCAGUUACGUUUUUGAUAACUGAACAUAAUUAUGUUAUAUUGGGCAUUGAAUAUGCGAAAUCAAAGUAAUCAGUGAAUCAAAGUUUCGUUGGUCGUCGUCUACGCUGUUGAUUUGUAUCUCAGUGACAAUUGUAGAAAAAGGUUUGCGUUGUACACAGUUGACACAGAAAUAAUUGAUAUUUUCAUUUUUGAAAAUAUGUUCAAUACGUUAUAGACACAUCUUUACUUCUGUAUAGAAAUAUUUUCUUGGAGUUUCCCUCAUCCGUCACACAGAUCACACGAUUAUUUUCGAAUAAAUUCUGUAAAGGUCUCCUAUAUUUUUUUCAUGUAGAAAGUAUGACAUAGGCUUAUAAGUAGAACAUGUUAUAUUUAGAAAUGUAUAAUGUGAUAUAAUAUAAGGAAAGAAGAAGAAGAAGAACACGCAACACAUUUUUACGAAAUCUUUAUAAAGAAAUGUGUACGUGUCAGACUGUACUCUAACAUGAUUAAUUAUAAGAAUUGGAUUUAA